AAAACCCCUUCCCGUACCUCAACAAGUAUUCAUAUAAAAAUAGACGUGUAGAGGACGUGAUUAAUUUUUUAACUCGAGACGUGGCGACUAACGAUGUUCCAAAUCCCAGCUUUGAUUGCUAAAAAGAGGGAUGGGGGUCAACUUACCCCUGAAGAAAUGAAAUAUUUUGUUAGGGAGGUGGUCAAUGGAGGGGUGCAGGACUGUCAACUUGGGGCUAUGUUGAUGGCGAUAUAUUUUAAGGAUCUCAGUGACGAUGAGACAAAUUGCCUUACAAAGGCAAUGAGGGAUUCAGGAGACGUGCUGGGUCCCUGGCCAGUGGAGUGGGAGGGGAAAAUAGUAGAUAAGCACAGCACAGGUGGCGUGGGUGACAAGAUCAGCCUCAUUUUGGCACCAGCUCUAGCUGCGUGUGGAAUGAAGGUCCCUAUGAUCUCGGGGCGUAGUCUCGGUCACACUGGUGGAACCCUAGAUAAGUUAGAGUCCAUUGAGGGUCUGUUCGUCUCGGCGUCUAAAGAUAAAAUGUUGCAGAUACUAAAAAAUGUUGGCUGCUGCAUUGUGGGUCAAACAGACAAUAUUGUUCCCGCCGACAGAAGAAUGUACGCCGUUCGUGACGUCACUGGAACAGUUGAUAACGAUGGACUCAUAGCAGGUUCAAUAAUAUCAAAGAAAGCCGUGGAACAGCCGAACGCCCUUCUGUUGGAUGUCAAAUUUGGUGUAGGGACUUUUAAGAAAGAUAAAAAUAGUGCAAGAAAACUGGCACAAAAACUGGUUAACAGUGGCAACAGUCUAGGCAUAAAGACAGUGGCCUUCCUGACCGACAUGAAUAAUCCAAUAGGAAAAAUGAUUGGGAACGCACUAGAAGUUGCAGAAUCCGUGAAUUGUCUCAAUGGAAAUGGACCAAGCGAAUUGGAGGAUCUUGUAGUUAAACAAGGUGGACAGUUGUUGUUCCUUAGUGGUAAUGCUAGUUCUACAGACGAGGGACAAAGGAAACUCAAAGAAACUCUGACUAAUGGAGAAGCAGCAAGGAAGUUUAAGGAAAUGAUAAUUGCACAGGGAGCAAAUCCAGAAAAAGCCGAGGUCUUGUGCACAAAGGGAGCUAAUGUAUGGAGUGUACUCCCAAAAGCCAAGUUUGUUACUCCCAUCAAGAGCAAAUGUUCAGGUUUCGUCUAUGCUAUAAAUUCACAAAAAUGCGGAGUUUGCUCUAAAAUGCUUGGUGCUGGGCGCCAAGCCAGUACUGACCAAAUCGAUCCUUCUGUUGGCUUAGAAUUGUGCGUGGACAUUGGGGCCAGUAUUUCAGAGGGUGACAUUUGGAUAAAAAUUCAUCAUGAUCGUGAGGUCAUACCUGAUGACAUAAUGACACUCCUAGAAGAGGCCAUUGAUGUUCAGUCAUCACCACCAGAAAUCUUGCUCACUCGUGUCACAGAAACCAUAAAAUAAAAAUUAAAGAAAAUAUACAUGUACAAUGGUUUCAACUUUCCCGAUGUUAUAGUUGAUUCUUCAUUACGCCUUUAGAAAUUUGAAUUUGGAAUUCAAGUUUUCAACUGUGUUCUUUAUAUUUAUUAAUUUCUUUUGCAGCCAACUUUACACCAAGGUGAUUAGGAUUAUCAGAUUGCCAUUUCCUAGAAAAUUAAUAUCAUUUCAGUGCUUUUACGAAUUCCAUUUUUGCACGUAUCUUAUCUAUCUACAUAUAUAUGACUCAAAGGCAGAAUGAAUACAAUUUGGUUAAUUUGAAAUUUUUUAAAAAAUCAAAUUAUCAGUUCUUAUCUUGAAUAUAGACUUUAAAGUAAUUUUUUCUUGCGUUUUUGUGUGUGUGUUUUCAGCUAAUUUUUUACAAUAUUAUUAUCAGAUAAAAAUUUUACUUCAGAUUUAUAGCUCAAUAUGUACAUUUGUGUGUUUUAUAAUAAACGAAUGAAUUGUAAAUGAGACACUUUAUUAUGAUAUGUGAUUAAUUUUGGGAAAUACGUUUUAAAAC